UGAAUGACUGUAUAAUAGAGAGGGCACAAAUGUCAGUUCAUAAAAUCUUCGUCCUUAAAAUCCCCAAUUAGCCCCAAAUUUUCAUCUCUGCAUACGGCCACGUUCGAUCAAUCGCCGAAGAACCUCAGAUCCCUUUUCUCUUCAACUGUUUAGAGGUUUAAGAUGACAACAGCAAAGAUCAUUGGAGCUCUUGCAGGAUCCUUUGUAAUCGCAUAUGUUUGUGAUACAACAAUUUCUGAUAAAAAGAUCUUUGGAGGUUCCACUCCGAGCACUAUCACUCAAAAAGAAUGGUGGGAAGAAACCGAUAAAAAAUUUCAGGCUUGGCCUCGAACUGCUGGACCUCCAGUCAUCAUGAAUCCUAUUAGUCGACAGAACUUCAUUGUUAAAUCAUCUGAUGCUUAAGGUGUGAGGGGGUUCUUUUUCUCUGGGGAUGUUGCUUUGAUAACUUUCAAGUUUCGAUCAGAAGAAACAUAGUUUUUAUUACUUAUGUUUGUUUAGUGGGAUUACACUGUAAUAAUAUGCAAGUUUUUAUUACUUAUGUUUGUUUAGUGGGAUUACACUGUAAUAAUAUGCAGACAUUUUAGUUUUUACAUGCAACUAUUGCUACAAUGAAAAUUUUAUUUUGUUAAGUACCGCACACAUGAAUUUUUCGUGCCA